GAGGGACUCCCUUAGAGCGCAUGUAAAUACGUAUCUUGCGCCACGUCGAGGGAGCAUUCCCCUCUGGUUCAGCAAUUUCUUUUUCGUCCCCCAUACACUGGACUUCUGCGGACUCCAUCUCCACAUCCGCUCCUCAUUCAAGCCCGCUGUCCGGCAUCGAUAGAAAUCCCCAACACCUCCACUAAAUAUCAGAUCUGCUAUCGAUAGGCUCUCCAAGGGGGUUGUCGGGACGGACCACGACUGGCUCCACGUCGAUCAGCAGCUGGUCCCCACCGCCAACAAAGCGCAUCCUCUCCCAGAACGCCCAAGCACACAAAGGGCCCUGCGGCCCUGAGUCGCUGGUGUCUGUUGGUCGACGCCGUCUACCCUCACAGUUUUGCCUCUCACACCGCCAGUAGACGGCAAUUGAUAUACUUUCUGUUUCCCUUCAACAAUGCCAGGUGCACUGCUCGGUACAUAUGGAGCUGGACCCCAGCCGUCCCAACACCAUCACCAACACGACAUCUGGGACGCCAUGAAGCAAGCAUCCUCGACCGCCAUGAGGAAAAAGAAACCCAGCCGGCAUGCCAACCGCCACGGCCCCGCGCAAAUGCAAUUCUCGCAUGCCGAGUUCGACGCUCUACCGUAUUCAAUCCAGAAAAAGUACUUUUCGUCUCUCGAACGCUUGCGCAUUGCGGAGCAGCAAAAGCAAUCUCUCGACGAGCAACACUUCCACUGCUCCCCCUAUAGCUCCUUCAGCUACAGCCAGCACGGAAGCUCUCGCCGUUCCUCGCACUCGUACGCCCGCUCAAUCAUUGGCCUGCACCAUCGCCAGCACCACCGCUCCCUGACGCGCGAUUCGUCCCACCGUCGCCGUCUUCGCAAGUCAGAAAGUCCCCGCCAGCGGCACGAUAUCACGCCGCAAGAGGCCCGAUUCUUCCUCUCCCUUCCUCCUAAGAUCCGCCGGCAGCACUUCUCGAGGGAGGAACAGGUCCUGUUGCUGGCACAGUGCGAGCAGUACGCUUCACUGCUUCCUCUGGACGACGCAGCCGUUUUGGAACGAGCGCGUCAACGCUACGACGACUUUCAGUUCGAUUUUUUCGACGACGACAGUCCUCGGAGAGGACGUUCAAGAAAACGGAGAUCUCGAUCUCUCACCCCGACAAGAGUCCCCUUAGAAAGGGAUACACAGCAAGCAUCAGACAUCGACGCCAUGAGCCCGCCUUUGUCCUACCAGACACCUCCCCACGGGCCCUCGUCCUUCCGCCGCACCCUCUCCCUCACCCACAUACCCAUCCGCCAUUCCUCCUCAUCCGUACCCGCUCGAUCAGAAGCAUCGCCCCUCCCCUUCAGCCCGCAGAACCGCCAUCAGAGAUCCACCUCCCUCGCACUCUCCGGCCGACGCUCCUCCCACGCCCCCUCAGCCCCCGUCUUCGACCCCGAAGCCACACACUACCAGGACCCGGAAGCCAGGAAGAAACUCCGCAUGUUCCUCGCCACGCCGCAAAAGUUCGACGAAGCCGUCGAAUUCGGGUUUCCCUCGACGGCAACCGCAGACGACACGAUGACGAUGACGCCCCCGAGGCGCUACCAGCUCCCGCCCAUUACCACGGACGCGCGCAACUUUAGCAAGGAUAUGCAGACGUUCCUGCGGGACGACAAGGUGUCGUUCCUCGAGGAUGAUGGUGAUGAUGACGACGACGGAAACGAGGACAAAAACGAAGAAGACGAAGAUGAGGUAGAUGCCACAGACGGCGAUUCCCUCCCAGAUCUCGACUCCCCCCUCACCCCGUCCAGCGCCGCCGGUCUCUCCUUCCGCUGCGGCCACACGCGGCACGUCUCGCCCUCGACCUUCUCCUCGCUCGACGGCUCCACCAUCAGCCGGCCCUCGCUCAACCACAACCACCACCCGCCUCUCCGCAUCAUGCCGCACGUCGCCAACCGCGAAAUGACGCUGCGCAUGACGCUCACGCGGCCGGAUCUGCGUGCCGACGAGGACCAGUUGUAUGGGUGGCGGGCGCAGAGGGGCAGCAAGGAGGAUCCGUGGGCGUUGGAGCAUUUGGAGCUCAGUGAUGAUGUGACGGGGAGUCGGGGUCCGUUUUUUGUGAAGGGUAAGGGGAGUGGGAGUGGGGGAGCUGCCAGGGGGUUGGUGUCGACGUUGUUUAAGAGGGCGAGUAGGAGGGGGAGGUAGUGUGGAAAAAAGGACGAUGUUAUGAUGAUGAUGGAUGACAUGAGUGAUGAUACGGCCGAGGUUGGAGGGAUUUUUCUUCUUCAACUUUUUGUUUUCACUUGGACGAGGGCAUGGUUAUGACGGGCGAGUUUUAUGUCGCGUUACUCUUCUCCUCCCCCGUUGCCCUUGUUCUUCUUCUUCUUUCUUUCUUUUUCGCUUUGAUUCAAGCAUUUUCACUUCUACUACUCGUGUAUAUAUCAUAUUAUAGCUUUAUACCAGGCCGAGACGACCGCUGGCCAAUAAGCGAUGCA